AAUGAGUCCGUCGAGCGGGAGUCACGCCGCCUCAUCCCGCUGUCCGGCCGGCCGAGCAGAGCGGAAGCGGCGGCUUCGCGCCACCCACCGCUGCCCCGGUCCAUCUCUGCGUGUCGGUUUCCAUGGCGCCGCGCCAUUCCACGGCGUUCACUUGCGGCUCAGGUCCCAGGACGAGCGCUGGAAGACUACAAGAGGGGGAAGAACGGCCAUUCACAAUGUCAUCAAUCGCUGCAUAUUACGCAGGAAAAAAUGUGCUCGUCACAGGAGCCACGGGGUUCAUGGGCAAAGUACUUGUGGAGAAGCUGCUGCGAGCCUGCCCUAAGGUGAAUGCCAUCUACAUUCUGGUGAGGCCGAAGGCUGGACAGUCAAUGCAGGAAAGAGUCAUGGAUAUGAUGAAGUGCAAGCUGUUUGAUAGGGUGAGAGAAGACUUCCAGAAAAAGAUUAUUCCUAUUUGCAGUGAGCUGAUGCAACCUAAUCUGGCAAUCAGCUCAGAAGACACCGAACGAUUGUUCUCCUGCAUUAAUAUAAUCUUCCACUGUGCGGCCACCAUACGGUUUGAUGAGCCUUUGAAACAUGCCCUCCAGUUGAACGUAGUGGCCACACAGCAGCUUUUGGUGCUGGCCCGACAGAUGCAGAAGCUUGAUGCCUUCAUCCACAUCUCCACUGCUUAUGCCAACUGCAACCGGAACCAUGUUGAUGAGGUCAUCUACCCUCCAGCUGUAGAGCCAAAGAAACUCAUUGACUCUUUAGAAUGGAUGGAUGAAAGUAUGAUCCAGGAUAUCACCCCCAAACUGAUUGGAGACCGACCAAACACAUACACUUAUACAAAAGCACUUGCGGAGUACGUGGUCCAGCAAGAGGGUGAGGAUUUAAAUAUCGCCAUUAUCAGACCUUCCAUUGUUGGAGCAAGUUGGCAGGAGCCAUUUCCAGGUUGGAUCGACAAUUUCAAUGGACCAAGUGGGCUUUUCAUUGCUGCAGGUAAAGGGAUUCUUCGUACGAUGAGAGCAACCAACAAUGCCGUGGCUGAUUUGAUUCCUGUUGAUGUAGUUGUUAACCUCACACUUGCAGCUGGCUGGUAUACAGCAGUUCACAGACCAAAAAUUACCCUUAUUUACAAUUGUACCACAGGAGGUAUCAACCCUUUUCAUUGGGGAGAGAUUGAGUACCAUGUCAUUUCCACAUUUAAGAGGAAUCCACUGGAUCAAGCCUUUAGAAGGCCGAAUGCCAACAUAACAUCAAACUACUUGAUUAAUCAGUACUGGAUUGCUGUCAGUCAUAAAGCCCCUGCUUUGCUUUAUGAUCUCUAUCUGAGGCUAACAGGACAAAAACCAAGAAUGAUGAAGAUCUUCAACAGACUUCACAAAUCCAUGAUGCUACUGGAAUACUUCAGCAGCAAGUCCUGGGAUUGGACUUCAGAGAAUAUGAACAUGCUGUUGAGCCAGCUCAGUCUGGAGGAUAAGAGGAAAUUCAAUUUUGAUGUCCGCCAACUUCACUGGCCAGAGUAUAUUGAAAAUUACUGCAUAGGAACCAAGAAAUACGUGCUAAAUGAGGAUAUGUCUGGACUUCCAGCAGCUAGACAGCACCUAAAGAAGCUACGAAAUAUCCGGUAUGCCUUCAACACCAUUCUCCUCAUCUUCAUCUGGCGUGUUUUUAUUGCUCGGUCACAAAUGGCUCGCAACAUCUGGUAUUUUGUGGUGAGCCUGUGCUACAAAUUUCUGUCCUACUUCAGAGCAUCCAGCAGCAUUCGACACUGAGGCCAAACCCACAUGACAAACAACAAAUUUGAAGAAUCAGUUUGUUCCAAAUGGCUAACAAUUCAUUAGGAAUAAAGAAUAUCUCAAUUUCCAAAAAAAAGUCUUCCCAAGACCAUAUUUUGGAAAGAUUUCCCAAGUCAGUGUAAAAAAAAAGACUUUGCAUUCCAAUGUUAUCAAACUACACACUGCCAUUAUUAUGAUAAAGAACAAUGAUAU